AGGAUUUUCUAGGUUCUGUCAGAAUAGAGUGUGCAUUCGGUGGUAGUGCGUCAUCCGGGUCGAAUUUUCCGCGGUACCGUCCUUUAAAGCGAGAGAGAUUGUCCUCAAACAACAGUGGUUUGUUGCUACAGGGUUUCUCUGGUGCUGUCAGGUGGAUAGCAGGUUCGGUGAAAGUGUCGUGGAUUCAUCAGACAAGUGUCGUACGAAUGUCCGUUGGCCAAGGGAGGGCGAAGGAAUGAUUGAUCGUGGUGGUUUCAAGUAAUUUUACACUUCGGUUUGACAGUUUCCCUACGAAUAUAUUUCACCGAGGAACGAAAGAAGUUGGCACGAGAUUUGAUGAUACGUUUGUUGACAGCUUUUUUUACCGUGGAUUUGUGAAUAAUAUCCAGUGUUGAUAUAUAGCGGAUAACGUGAAGAAUGAGUUAUUUGUGCUUGGAUGUAGACAAAGAAGAAGUGACCACUGCAGCAAGCGAGAAAGGAUAAAUCAUUGUGAGUCUCUGCAGGAGAAUAGCAGGCGUUGAGUUACAGAGUAUACAUGUGCACCUGGGAUGCUGUAUAUGUGAUUCCCUUGUGUGGUGUGGAAAAGAGUUAUGAUGAUGUGAAUGGUGAUGAUGAUCCAUAAAUAGGGUGAAGUAGAUUCGAGAAUACGGGAGAAAAUACAACAAAAAUAUAAAAAAUUGCCCUUGAGAGAAGCUAGAGAAAAAAGCUGGUUACGAUUACUGUUCUAUAUCUUCAACUAUCCAUUUGUUCAACUAUGUAAAUUAACGCCUUUUGAGGAUAUUUCGAAUCUUACGCAAGUUUGCCGAUUAGGCAAAAAACGGCGAGAAAGUGUUUAAACCGAGUUCGGGUCAAUUGGAUAAGAGGUGAUUAGUAAAUGCGAAUAGUGAGCAGAGUAAAAGGAUUAUCAGUGCUCAGUACGGCGGUUGUGUGAAUAUUAAUUGGAUCAGCAGGUUAUGGAUUACUUCUUUAGUUCGUUACAUAAUCCACUGCACUCAGUGGAGAGAGAAGAGCUCAGUGAGAUUCAAAAGUGAGAUAUGCAAGAAAAGAAUUAAAUCGAUUGAAAUAAAAAAAGACAACGAAUUUUACUAGUAGUUCGCCGUUGUUUAUAAUAGUACAUCACUGGAAUAUUUGCUAUAGAUACAUAUAUACAUAUUAAUCUACAGAGCCUAGCUACCCUUUUCAUGUUGGAUGUGUGUUCUUCUAGCCGAGCAAUAGUUAAUUAGAGUCUAGAGUUUCAACGUUCCAAAGCAUCAUCGAGCUGGGCAAUGUUUUGAAAUUAAUCGCCUCUACAAAAAUAUUCAAUAGUGCAACAAACACAACCCGGCAUAUAACUGAAAACGUAUAAUAUUUUAAUUAAACAAAUCAAACCAACUGUACAUAAAUCACAUUUUGUGUUGUACGCUGGGGAAAAAUCAAAAUAAACAGCAGAAGCUCUGAAACACACCGACACACGCAAAAGUCAUUUUGUCAAAUUGCAGAAGAAACAUUCGCUGCACAACUGUAGCAUGAAAAUCACAGCAAAUAAUCUAAAAGCAUAAAACGCGAAAAGCAAAUUUGUCAACAGGCCAUCAAAUCAAACCAGAUUGGAAACAAUAAAACAAUAAUACCGGCAGUAGUGGACAGAGCUGGGUGGAGCCCAUCGCUAGAAAAAAACGGCCAAUACCAACCAGACCGACCAAAUAGGGAAGGGAUAUCGCCUAGAGCAGUUGGGAAAACAGCGAUUUUUUGUAGCGUAAGAUGAAACCGUUCCAUUUCGUCCGCGCCACAUUGCCACUGUUAGUAAUUUAAUGUCUAGCUGGCAGCCGUCGUGGGAACCUUUGCUUCCGGCCAUUACAAUUUCUAUGCAAACUUAGAGCUCCAAGGCGCCCAGUCAACCACCGCUUCGAAACUAUACAAAGUGUAUCUCACGACCAGUCUAGGGCUAGUAUUCCCAAUUUCAAAUAAUAAAAAUAAAAGUGCUACAAGUUUAAAAAAUUUACCUCUUCCGCUCGGUACGUCGAACGUGUGGAAACCGGGAAACGCGCAUUCGUGAAGGAAUAUAAUAAAAUAAAACCCCGUAAUUGCUUAACCGUCGGUCGUCGUCGGCGUCGUCAUCGUUGUAGUCGUUACAAACGGGUUGUUGUACGGACUAAACUGCCAGCGCUUCCCGUGUACAUAUUCAAAUGCUUCCGCCGCAGUAGUCGUUGCAAAUAUUGCCGUCACGUUAUUGCAGUCAGUGGAUGAAAAGUACCUAGGAAAACAAAUAAAGACAACCCUACAAUCAGUAGGCAAGAACAGAGUCGAAAUAUCCGAAAUGAACUAAUAAAACGAAGUUGAAAGGGUCCGUCUUUAUGUUCCGGAAUCGCAGCAACCUCGCCACAACCAUCAGGGUGCUUGGCCUAGCUUUUAUGCAAAAUUAACGCGAGCUACCGUAUCCUUCCUGCCUGCUGCCCAGUCCGGAUCCGACAACGACCCGAGCACCAAUCACGGUACCGACGGCGGUGCUCCGAGGAUGAUGAGAGUGAUGUCCGCGUUGAAUCAGCAUAACAAUAUGUGCCACUCCAAUUUAAUAUUCAUCAUCCUUUUUAUUUUAAACGAUUACGUCACAGGAGACAUCAGUACAUCAUUAGCAUUAAACAAGCUGAACUCAGGCGGGACGUUCUUCGCUGGGCCGUACUUGGACGGAAGCGGAGUCAGUAAUGUAACCACACAGAUAGGAACACAUGCAUAUCUGCCAUGCAAGGUGAAACAGCUGGGGAACAAAUCGGUGUCAUGGGUGCGAGUGAGGGACGACCACAUCCUUACCGUCGACAGAAUGACAUUUAUAGCCGACGAACGUUUUCAAUCAUUCUACGUAGAGAACAGCGGCGUAUGGACGCUGCAGAUCAAAUACGUGCAGGCACGUGACGCCGGAAUAUACGAAUGCCAGGUGUCGACAGAGCCGAAAAUAAGUGCUAGAGUACAUCUGCACGUUGUUGUGCCAAGAACCGAGCUUAUUGGAGAUUCCGACCGGUAUGUGAAGGCGGGGAGUGCCGUCAUACUGCGCUGCGUCGUUCGCGGAGCCCUAGAGCCACCAUCCUAUAUCAUUUGGUACCACGGCACCCAGCAGAUUUUCACCGAAAACCGACGAGGUUGGAAAACGCAGCUGGAUCGUGGCGCACCGGACCUGGACGGUGACAUCCACAGCACUAUUGGCUCAUUGAUCAUCGAAUCGACAAGAAAAAAAGAUUCCGGAAACUACUCGUGCAGCCCAUCGAACAGUCCACCGAUUACCGUCUCGCUGCAUGUCAUAAAUGGAGAAUCAUCUGCAUCGGCUGUAACAUCAUCUGCCGGAUCGCUGUUUGAUGACAGUAUAUCAAUGGUUAAGCAGAGGAACAUCUAUAUUUUACUGCAGCAUAGGUCAUUUGUUAUGUUACUCGUUUUGGUUAUCUACGCUCAGCUAAGCUGUCGCAUGUACUAGUUAAGAGAAUCUAUCUAAGUUAAUAAAUUUAAAAUCCAUAUACAUACAUCAUACCAAAAGCGAGAGAGACAGAAACGUAAAAAAUAACAAGAGGUUUAAGCAAAUAGCAACCACCUUGUGUAUAGGUGAGAUCUGGUACGAUCCUGGAUAUUUGCUCACAACGUACAUCGACUGAGAUAUUUCAAACUACUGUAGGAGAAAAAGAAAGAAUCAUUCGUUCCCUUCAUCGUUACAUCAUCGAUCGCCCAUCGCCGUUUUUUGGCAACAAAAAAAUACAAUUGAGUAAGAAACAAACCAAAAAAAACAAA